UAGUCCCCAGGGCAGUUUGAAGAGAAAUAGCUUGCAAUAAAAAGGACUGAUUGCCAGCAAUGAACAGGGUUAAUUAACUUUUCCCAAGAAAUGUGUUCCUGAAAAGAAUCUGUAUUGAUUAAACCUUUCAAAAUAGGGUCAUUUUUAAAUAGACUAAGGGAGGUCUGUUUUGGGCCAAGUAAACGAUCACCUCCUCAGGUCUCUGUCUUGAAGUUCUUAGAGUAGCCCCAUGUUUGACUUUUCACUACCCUCUCUCUCUUCUGGAUAUCAAAGAUUAUGGACCCAUGACUCCAUUUCCAAAGACAGUUCAAUGGGGAUGGCUUGAACAAAGCAGUUGCCCUUAAAAGUCUCCCUUUUCCCUAGCUUUUCAACACCUUAGGAACACAGUACCUGAAAACUCCUUGGGGACUAAGGGCACAUUGUUGCCAUCUUUGUAUCCCCCUUGGUACACAACCAUCUAGAUUUAUAAAAUGAAUAAAUUCCUAAGGCAGCUGAACACAUCAAUACCUUUAUCCCCCAGUUCUUUAUAGGCCAGGACUAAGGAGGUUUAAGGCACCCUAAUUUUAGCAGACUGAGUGAAAGCUCCUUGAGGGCCAGGACAAAGCUGGCUGUGUUCGUUGUCACUCUCUUAGAGCUUCGCAGGGCACCUGACACUGGGUGAGCACUCAAUAAGUUUUUGUUAUGUGAAUGCAUGAAAACUACCCCUGGUCCUGUCCUCAGGGAUCACGGCCAGCCUAGAAGAGGGGGGAAAGUUCAUGAGGAGGAAUGCACUGUCCUGGCCUUCCAAGAAUACUGACAACCCAUGAGCGCCCGACGCCAAUUUCACUUCCUCACUCAGCCAUUUGUAGGAGGUCGUAAAUCCCCUCCUUCCUCGGUUCUGGGGACAGCCAAGUCGUGCUUACGCCCCCUGCGGGGACCCCAAGUCACAGAGGAAGGUAACCCAGAGGGGGGAGCCCGGCAGCACGUGCAACCUCCCAGGAGAGGAGGAGGCUGGGCUAACGCAGUCCUUAGUCAGCAGCUGGGCUCGCUUUUGAAACAAAAGCCAAUGUCCUCCCUCGGAGUCCGCGGCCGGUCAGCUCCUAGGGGGAAGAAAGCCAUGCUGCCCAGCCGGUGAGCCCAGCUGUGAGCAGGGUGUUCUGUUCUUCACUUCCAGCAAGCCAGAGUUUUAUAAAUGGACACUGACAUGGACUACGAAAGACCCAACGUUGAAACCAUCAAGUGUGUGGUCGUGGGAGACAACGCCGUGGGGAAGACGCGCUUGAUCUGUGCCAGAGCGUGUAACACAACGCUAACGCAGUAUCAGCUGCUGGCCACCCACGUGCCUACCGUGUGGGCGAUUGACCAGUACCGAGUGUGCCAGGAGGUCCUGGAGCGUUCCCGGGAUGUUGUUGAUGAAGUGAGCGUUUCUCUCAGGCUUUGGGAUACUUUUGGCGAUCAUCACAAAGACAGGCGUUUUGCAUAUGGCAGGUCUGAUGUUGUGGUCCUCUGUUUUUCGAUUGCUAAUCCCAAUUCCCUAAAUCAUGUGAAAACCAUGUGGUAUCAAGAAAUCAAGCACUUUUGCCCUCGCACACCUGUUGUUCUAGUUGGCUGCCAGCUAGAUCUCCGCUAUGCUGAUCUUGAAGCUGUUAAUCGAGCCAGACGCCCUUUAGCAAGGCCCAUAAAGAGAGGGGAUAUUCUGCCCCCAGAAAAAGGCCGAGAGGUUGCAAAGGAGCUGGGCAUACCGUACUAUGAGACAAGCGUGUUUGACCAGUUCGGAAUCAAGGACGUGUUUGACAAUGCGAUCCGAGCAGCGCUGAUUUCCCGCCGACACCUGCAGUUCUGGAAAUCCCACCUAAAGAAAGUCCAGAAGCCUUUACUUCAGGCACCAUUCCUACCUCCAAAAGCCCCUCCGCCGGUUAUCAAGGUUCCAGAAUGUCCCUCCAUGGGGACAAGCGAAGCUGCCUGUUUACUGGACAAUCCUCUGUGUGCCGACGUCCUGUUCAUCCUUCAGGACCAAGAGCACAUCUUUGCACAUCGAAUUUACCUCGCUACCUCCUCUUCCAAAUUUUAUGAUCUUUUUUUAAUGGAAUGUGAAGAAACCCCAAAUUGGAGCGAAGGAGCUGGUGAGAAAGAGAAGCAGAGCAGGGAUUGCCAGGGGCGGGCAUUGAGCCUUGACCCAGACGAGGAGCGGGAGGAAGGAACGCCAAGGACCCCUCAGGCCAAUCAGUGGAAGGCCUCCAGCCAGAACCUGUCCCAGCAGGAGAGUCUGGCUCUGGAAGGCGAGAGCUCGACUCCGGAGACACAGACCUUAUCAGGCUGGAGCAAGGGGUUCCUUGGCAUGCACAAGGAAAUGCAAGCCAAUCCCAUUUCAAAGCGCGUGGGCCCUGUCACUGUGGUCAGGAUGGACUCCUCCGUCCAGCCAGGCCCUUUCCGGACCCUGCUCCAGUUUCUUUAUACGGGACAACUGGAUGAAAAGGAAAAGGACUUGGUGGGCCUGGCUCAGAUCGCAGAGGUUCUGGAGAUGUUUGAUUUGAGGAUGAUGGUGGAAAACAUCAUGAACAAGGAAGCCUUCAUGAACCAGGAGAUUACAAAAGCAUUUCAUGUCAGGAAGGCCAAUCGGAUAAAAGAGUGCCUCAGCAAAGGGUCGUUCUCAGAUGUGACGUUCAGGUUGGAUGAUGGAGCCAUCAGUGCCCACAAACCAUUGCUGAUCUGUAGCUGCAAGUGGAUGGCUGCCAUGUUUGGGGGCUCAUUUGUGGAAAGCACCAACAGUGAGGUGUAUCUCCCGAACAUAAACAAGAUGUCAAUGCAAGCGGUAUUGGAUUAUCUUUAUACCAAGCAGUUGUCACCUAACUUGGACCUGGACCCACUGGAAUUAAUUGCCUUGGCAAACAGAUUUUGCCUGCCACACUUGGUUGCACUUGCAGAGCAGUAUGCUGUUCAGGAGCUGACGAAGGCCGCAAUGAGCGGCGUGGGCAUCGACGGGGAAGUGCUCUCUUAUUUGGAACUGGCCCAGUUCCACAACGCCCACCAGUUGGCCGCCUGGUGUUUGCACCACAUCUGCACCAACUACAACAGCGUUUGUUCCAAGUUCCGCAAGGAAAUCAAAUCGAAAUCUGCAGACAACCAGGAAUACUUUGAGCGGCACCGCUGGCCCCCUGUGUGGUACCUGAAGGAAGAAGACCACUACCAGCGCGUGAAAAGGGAACGAGAGAAGGAAGACAUUGCACUAAAUAAACAUCACUCGAGACGGAAGUGGUGCUUCUGGAAUUCAUCUCCAGCAGUCGCCUGAGGAGGAAGAGAAACAAAAAUCAGUAAUCUGACACACACUUUUAAAAGCACUACUGUAAAAUUAGUCCUAUUAUUAGAGAUAAGUCGUAGUUCAGGUUUCAGGCACUGAUCUUCCUCCACUUUUGUGCAUUUAUCUUUGUUGGGAUCAAAGCACAAGCCUCCCCAUCAAUGAGCCUGGACAAAAAGGGAAGUUGACGCUCGCUGCAUUCCUUAAACCUAUAUGUAUAUUUUUUGUUAGAAGGCUUAAUAAACUUUAGUCCGUUAUUCCGUUUGUUUUUAUACAAAGGAAAAAAAAUCCAGCUUUCAUGUUUCAAAUUCCAAAUUGGAAAAUAUUUUUAUAUGGUCUCUUGUAUUUUGUUGAACUGAAAAUACUAUGUAUUACUUUAUUUUACAGGCCACAAAUUAACCAUGAAGUCACCCUGUGAUUCUCUGCCCACAUGACCACCAAGCAUUAUUACAUAAUUAGAGGGUUAUCCUCUCGUUGUAAAGUAAAGGGUUGGAAUGAAAUUCCCCCAAGCGCAAGUUAGAGAGUGUUUAAUCUUUGUUCUGCUGAAUAACAUUGGUAUAAUUACCAAGUCAACUCCAAGAAUGUGUAUUUGCAAUAUUUGCCGUGUAAGUGCUAGUAAUUAUAUGGUUAUAUGUGCCAUGUAAAAUACAGUGAUAUCAAAUCUUCUGUUGUUUAAAAUGUCCAGAUUCAAGAGGAUAAUCUUUAUAAUCAUUAGAAGGGCUUAUUAAAUCCCAGCAUUAUCCAGGGCAAACCCACCAGUGGACCUGAAUACAAAAGAUACCAUAAGAGUGUUGGUGUUUGGAUUGCUGUGUUCGGGUUUGUGUCACGCAGUAUUCCUUGAUCUUGCCAUGCUUCUGCAUGCAGAUUCUCUAAUGACUUGAAUCGAGAUGGGCGAGGGAAAGAUCUCCAGACUUUGUCCCAUCGUCUUUCCAACCGAAACAGGCUUCCUCAGGUCUCUCACCUGCAGCCAACUUCACUUUGUAAGACACGCAUUUUUAACUCUUCCCAGGGAAAAUUCAUGCCACUGUAGAAGUAGGCUGAGGCAGACCACCCACCCCUACUGAGAUUCAGCGGGGCCUAUGAAAGCGCAAAGCUGGAGGCUGGGUCGUCUGUGGUCCCUGCAUUCUCCAACGCAGACAGGAAUCUUAUUCCAAGAGUCUAGGAAAUGGUGCUAUUGUGAGUUAGUCCUGACCCUUUGUCAUUCUGAGUUUUCAGUGUUAAAAUAGAAAGCAUUGAGCAAGGGAGCUUUAUAGAAGCAGUCAAUCAUUGCUUCUCUGUACAUUAAAACGUUACAGCACUCAUACAGAGCAUUUUAAGGCGACAGCUCCAUACUUGCCAUGGGAUGUUGUAUGGCAGGGGCUAGGGCUUAUUUUGUUGGGAGGUCAACUUACUGAUGCUAAAGGCUGUUGAUUUUUUUUCUAGUUGUCGGAAGUUAGAAGAGAGUUGAGUCUAAACCCAGUGUUGACAACCAUAUGCAUUUGAAAAUCUAUCCAGAUUAUGGAUGGACAUUUAUUUACUGGCAGUGGAUACACACCAGACACAAGAGUUUGAAGAGGCCCAGAAAUGCAUCACCCUCUCAUGACAAAGGAGAGGGCACUAGAGUAGAGAUGGAUGGUUGUAAAUGCUUUUACUUUAACUUUUGGUCAGUGGGGCUGUAAAGCAUUAACAGAAGGAGAAAGGAGACAGAAUGAGAGGAUAAAUGUCAAGACUCAGGACGAUUUGACAUAUAUCCCACCAUAAAAUGGCAACAGUUGAGUUUUUAGUGAAUGGUCAGAGUUGAAUUUAUACAACCAAAGCUCCCAUGUGAUUGUAAUCUUGCCAAAAUAUAAUGGACAUGUAAAUGAACCUGGGGAAUAAGCAAUAAUACCCACUAGUGUUUGUCAUCAGCUACUGUAACCAAGUGGCUGGUUCAUUUGGUUGAUGCUGAUUAUGGCCUUUAACCAUGGUGGUUUGUUUUCGUGUUUUUUAUUUCACAAAAAGCCAAUAAAACUGUUUAGCUAUAAAA